UAUUUAAAUAUGGCCGUGUGAUGUUAUUGAGGAAUUCGCGAGUCGACACGGUGAGAGUAUUGCGUGUUCGCGAGGGAGAACGAGGGAAGAGUGAGAGAGAGAGAGAGAGAAAGAGAGAGAGAGAGAGAGAAAGAGAGAGAAUGAGAGAGUGAGUGAGAGAGUGAGUGAGUGAGUGAAUGAGGGAGAGAGUGAGAGAGAAAGAAAAGGCGAUACAUCGUAUCGUGAGAGGAUAGGGAAAGGGCGGACAAGAAAACGAUCGUCGUGGCCGUCAAGCGGAUAAAUCGGAGAGCGCAAAGUUGUGUGUGACAGUGAAGGAGCAUAGCGACCUGAGGACAACACGAGCGACGGACAGACGAACAGACGAACGGACGAACAGACAGACAGACAGACGGACGGACAGACGAGCGGGCGACGGUGACUACGAAAAAUGCGUUCGAUCGCGACGAGUCAUCGUGAGUGUCAUGCAUCUCGCAGCAGGGAAUGACUUGCGCCCCCGCCCCAAAAAUAAGCGGCCCAGUACGAUUCGUCAUUGCGGUGGCUGAGGAGAGCACGAUCGGCGAUCCGCUCUCUCGCGACGCGGCUCUGACCUCCUCCGCCUCGCAGGCCACGGCGGGCCAGCAGCCAUCGGCGGCAGUGAUCCGGAAUCUCCCGUGCGUGACUUUUUGGUUUUGUAACGUUAGGUACUCGCAGAAUUAGGUGCUUGUCAAUAUUUAGAUCAAGUAACUGACCAGUGUGUGUGUGUGUGUGUAUUAAAGGGAAGAAUGUCACUGAAACCUAAGAAAGUAGACUUCACUCAGACCUGGGAUGUACUGCAAGAGACUGUAAGAGGAGUAAUAACAUUAGCAAAUGUCUCGAGAGCUACAUGGAACGACAGGUUUAGUGACGUCUAUUCUCUGUGCGUUGCGUAUCCUGAGCCACUGGCAGACCGUUUGUACAACGAGACAAAGAGGUUUCUGGACAACCAUGUCUUCCAGUUAUUGACAGAGGUCCGUGCCCAGGGCGAGUCGAAUCUGCUUCAGGCGUAUCAUCGAGCCUGGACAGAGUAUUCGCAGGGCAUCAACUACUUACAUCGCUUGUAUCUAUAUCUCAAUCAACAACACAUCAAGAAGCAGAAGCUGUCAGAGGCGGAGCUCAUCUAUGGCACAUCUUCCUCCAUGGCAGUCGACUAUCAGGAGCAGAUGGAGAUCGGCGAAUUGGGUCUCGACAUAUGGAAGAGGAAGAUGAUAACCCCUCUUCGGGAUUCACUUGUUUCUCUUCUACUCGAGAGUAUUCAGGCAGACAGGAACGGGGAGGCUCAGCCUGUCACCACCGACGUGAUUUGCGGUGUUAUACAGAGCUUCGUGCGGGUAGAAGAAUAUAAAUUGAAAGGACAAUUAGAUAUGUAUCAAGAAAUUUUCGAGGGUCCCUUUUUGGAAGCGAGCGGUGAAUUUUACUCUGCAGAAGCGUGGGAUUUGCUACUACAAUUAGACGUCACACGUUACAUGGAACGAGUUACGUGGAGACUCAGCCAAGAGGAAUUGCGUGCGCAUAAGUACCUUCACUCGAGUUCCGUACCAAAGGUGAGAGCAUGUUGCGAAGAUAAGAUGGUGAAUGCACAGGCCAGUUGGCUGCACACGGAAGCGAAAGCCAUGAUAGAGAAUGAACGCAGGCGAGACUUGUCCCUUCUGUAUCCGCUGUUGAAGCCUCUACCGUCGGGUUUAAGUCCACUUGUACAAAAACUCACUCAGCACAUCACGCAGCAGGGAUUGCAAGCGAUUGGACCUUUGCAGGGGGAAAAUGUAUAUACGCAGUUUGUGGAAAGCAUACUGGACGUACAUUCUAAGUAUUCAGAAUUGAUCAAAGAUGUGUUCAAGGCGGAUCAGAGUUUUGUGGGUGCCCUUGACAAAGCUUGCUCCGCGGUCGUGAAUUAUAGACCUGUGCCGAGGCAACCGGCGCGAGCGCCCGAACUGCUGGCCAAGUAUUGCGAUUCUUUGCUGAAGAAAUCGGCCAAAGCUGCUUCCGAAAGCGAGAUCGAAGAGAAGUUGGCGCGCUCCAUCACCGUAUUCAAAUACGUAGACGACAAGGACGUGUUUCAAAAGUUCUAUGCGCGUAUGUUGGCGAAACGGUUGAUACAUCAGCAAUCUCAGUCGAUGGACGCCGAGGAAGUGAUGAUCGAUCGUCUGAAGCAGGCUUGUGGCUACGAGUUUACAAAUAAACUGCACCGUAUGUUCACCGACAUGUCCGUAUCGGCGGACCUAAACGCAAAGUUCACGACGACCUUGCGCGAGGGUGAUCGGGAGAAUCAACUAGGUAUCGGUUUCGUGGUCUACGUUUUACAGGCGGGCGCUUGGCCGCUCGGCCUACCGCCGUCGCCAGGGCCAUUUCAUGUGCCGCAGCAGUUGGAGAAGUCUGUUCAAGCUUUCGAGACGUUUUAUCACGCGCAGUUCAGCGGACGGAAGCUAACAUGGCUCCACCAUCUGUGUCAAGGGGAAUUAAAGUUCAAUUACCUGAAGAAGUCGUAUUUGGUGACCGUGCAGACGUAUCAGAUGGCAUUGCUGCUUCUGUUUGAGCACUGCGACGCGAUCCAAUGCAAAGAGGCUGCUGCAUCUCUGCGCCUGUCGCACGAUCAGUUGGUGAAACACGCCGCGAGCCUCGUAGACUGUAAGAUUCUCAUGAAAUCAACGGACGGUGAACUUGAAGAAGACACCGUGCUCACGCUCAAUUUCGAUUACUACAACAAGAGAACCAAAUUCCGCGUGACCGGCGCGCUGCAACGAGACGCGCCACACGACGCGGAGGCCACGCAUCGCAGCGUGGACGACGAUAGAAAAUUGUACCUGCAAGCAGCCAUAGUUCGCAUCAUGAAAAGUCGCAAACUGUUGAGACACAAUCUACUUGUACAGGAGGUGCUGAGUCAAUCAAGAGUCACGUUCGCACCUUCUAUCGGAAUGAUCAAGAAGUGCAUCGAGGCCCUCAUAGAUAAACAAUACAUUGAGCGUACAGCAAAUAGCGCGGACGAGUAUUCAUAUGUCGCGUAACCUUCUAACAUCUGUCAUAUUAAUUUAUUUCACUCGAGAUGCGUCCCACAGACAAUUCGCUGAGAAAAUAUCAAAGCUCCGAUCGGCCACGGUGUCACCACAAGUGAAUGAAAUUUUACCUUCAGCAAUCGAUAUCACAUUUCUUUCUCGACACAAUGAAUUUUGAAGAAAAGAGGAGAAAGGACAGUAAGACUCCGUGUCAAUGAAAGUUCCGCAGAAAGCGAAUCUCAAAUAGUAUAAUGAAAGAUCGGGAAGAGCAUCUUAGAAGACCGCUUAUUUGCUCUUUAGAUGGACCGAGAUUAAUAUCUUAGUUGAUUUAAUGACUUGUAAUAUAUGCACACUAAAUAAAGAUGAUGUUACUAUUUUA